AUGCCGUGUGUCGUCCCCGCGCCCGCGCGCGCGACGCUCGGCGCGCGCGCGCGCGCACCGAGGACGACGCGCGCGCGAAUGCCCUCGCGCGCACGCGCCGAGCGCCGUCGCGCGCGCGCGCGCGCCGUGGGCCCGCGCGACGACGCCGAUCGAUCGCGCGAUGAGUGGGAACGAGAGAAGAAAAUACCCACCGUCGAUGUGCGGAGAGAUCAGGGCAAGGGGAAGAGCGCGCGAGGAGAGAUUGAGAUCUCGAAGCCGGACGGCGCGAGAGUCGAGGACCAGAUCGGGAUCGACGACGACGCGCUGGAAAAUGGGACGGAUGCGGAGAUCGCGGGCGAUGAGGGGGUGAAGGGGUUGAAUAAUAUUUCGUCGAGCGAUCACGGGGAGUGCGUGAGCGAUCCGCUCGCUUCGGCGGCGGAGGCGGCGACGGCGCGACUCCGAGCGAGGUUGAACAGGGUCGCCGCGGACGCGAGCGGGACGGCUUCCGCUGACGCGGACACGGCGUCGAUGAAGGAGCUCACGAGGAGGUUUUAUGAAAUCGAGUGCGAGGCGUCGGCGUUGCAGGCGAUCGAGGCGCAGAUGGAGGACGCGGUGGCGGAGGAGGACUUUGCGAGCGCGGCUUCGUUAAAGCGGGCGGCGGACGCCUUGCGGGCGACGGACGAGACAGGUAAAUUGUGCGAUAGGUACGCGGACGCCAUCAAAAACGAGCGCUUUGAGGAGGCGGUUGCGCUCAGAGACGCCGGGGUCGGAAUGUGCGGCUGGUGGGCGGGCGUGGAGGAGCGCUCGACGCAAGGUGAGGACGACGAAGAGCCGACGACGGCUGCCACGGGCGUCAUCAUGAGAAUCAGCCGAGAGCACGGGAGACUCGUGGGAGCGACGUAUUCCCCGAGAGAUUUAGCGGACAUCGUUGAAUUGAACAAGGCGUACCCGGAAGGGUACGAUUACGAGGCAGGACAACCGGUGAUGGAGAUCAUCGUGAGAGAGGACGCUUCGUCACCGACUGGGUACUCCAGGGACGUCGUGCGACUGAAUUACGUCCCGAUGUCCAUCCCAUUGGUGGAUGAGGAAGAGGACGCUCUGACCGACGGUGUCGGUUUCAUGACGGCGUCCGCCGGCACUUCCGAGGCCUUGGGUGCCAUCGAGCAGGCUGAGCGCCUUCGCAGUCGCGAGAACAUUGACGACGUCAAGGAGGAGAUCAAGGCCAAGCUUCUUGGACUCGAUCCCGCGUCUGGAAAGCCGCGCGAUGAGAUCCUCGAGGAGGUUGGAGCGAUGCUCGAUAAGUUUGACGACGUCAUGAGUGCGGAAGAGAACGACGAUGAGGACGAAGAGACUUUGUACGACGUCACGCGCAGCGUCGCGGCGCUGAAUCCAGAGGGUCUGCACGCUUUCAUCCUCACGAGCGACAGCGAGAUGGUACCACUCGGUGAGGGCGCUGCAGACGAGGAAGAGCCGUUUUCGAAAACGUUAGAUGAGGAGAUGGAGGGAUUUUUGGCCGCCAAGUGGGAGAGCAUGGCUACGAGCGAUUCCUCUGACGCAAAGUCAGGCGCGCUCGGCGCGAGCUCCCACGCCGCGCUCGUCAGUGCGGUGAAGGAAGCGGCGCAAGAGAUGUUCGCGCACCACGAUCAAGACGACGAAGACGACGGGGAGAAGUACUUUGACGAUGGCGAAGACGAUGUAGACGAAAUGAGCGCGGAGGAACUUCUCGCGCUCAUCGGCCAGGACGACAUCUUGCAUCGCCCGCUCCCCAAUCGUGUGCGAUUCCAACGCAUUGACCCGUCGCUCGCGUCGGGAUCGAGGAAGGACAUCUUCGAUCGCUUGUACAUCGGUGCCUUCGGCCCGCACGGUCCGGAGGUCCUGCGUCUCGUCCGCGGGCGCUGGGGGGACGAGGACGGCGACUCCAACGACUGCGUCACGGCCGUCAAGCUCACCGGGGAUGAAAAUGUCCCGUGUGGCGCUGCAAGCUUCCGCGCGAAAGUGAACAAGUCCAACUUGAUCACCGAAGGCGGUUCCUACCCCGACGAUCUCGGUGUUAUUGCGCGGUAUAAGGGUGAAGGGCGUGUCGCCAAGCCCGGAUUCACCGAGUCGCACUGGGUCGAGGGCGAGCUCCUCGUCCUGAACGGCCGAGGGGGCUCCCUCACCGGCGGCGCCGAACUGGGAUUCGUUUGGGCCGUCCCGGGUGAGCGACGUUUGCUCAUUCUUUUCUCCGCUUUGGCGCUUCCAGAGGUUGAAAUCAUCCCCGAACCGCGUUAA